AUGACCACCGCCCAUCGUCCGACAUUCUACCCGGCUCGCGGAGGAACCGCCCGUGGAGAGGGCGACCUCUCGAAGCUCUCCAACCAGUAUUCGUCGAAAGACAUGCCGUCGCACACGAAAAUGAAGUACCGCCAGACCGGACAGGGAACCGAGGAGGACCUCCGCAAGAAAGUCAGUUAGAGAACAAGCGUUUGAGCUGAAAUUAAAUACGUUGCAGGAUUUGCGUCGGGAACUGGAGGACAAAGAGCGAAAUGCGGUGCGCGAGAAGCGUGCGCGUGACUCGGCGAGCUCGUCGAGCUACUCGAAACGCCAGCGAAUGGACCAGAUCGCGGCGGAAUCGGCAGCGGCCGUGGACGCCGACGAGGCCGUUGACGAACUGAACUCUUCCGACGACGACGAUUCGGACGACGACGACACGGCGGCGCUGAUGGCCGAACUGGAGAAGAUCAAAAAGGAACGGGCGGAGGAGAAGGCGGCGCGCGAGGAAGUGGCCAAGGAGGAGGAGGAGAAGCAGAGAAUGGCCAACAUCUUGGCCGGAAAUCCGCUUCUCAACGACGCUCCGAGUGCCGCCGCGUCUGGAAGAUCGGUGGCCGGCGAUUUCACUGUGAAAAGACGGUGGGACGACGACGUCGUGUUCAAAAACUGCGCCAAGGGAAUCGAGGAACGCAAGAAGGAGGUCACGUUCAUCAACGACGCCAUCCGAUCCGAGUUCCACAAAAAGUUCAUGGACAAGUACAUUAAAUAA